AUGACUUGGCUCUCACUGUUUCGCGAUGUGAUCUCAAGCCGACAUCUACAGACGGCAAGAGCUACUGAAAACGCCAGCUUGCCUCGACGAAUCGACCCCGCUGAGGCUUCACUCCUUCGCUGGACAAUCGAGUUGAAAAGUGUAUGCCAAGAUAGUCAUUUCAUGAAAUUUCCAGACCGACUGGAAAGACCAGCUGUCGCAGUCGAUUCGCUGAAGUAUCACUGCCGUGCGCAGGUCCAUGACUUUCUCACUGUAUCAGUAUCACGACAUGAUCUCAAUCCGACAUCUGCAGACGCCAAGAGCUACUGA